GUCCACGUAUCAAUGUUUUGUGGGGGAGAAGAAGAGAAGAAAGAGCCACCUCGCCAGAAUUUGCUAGAAUCCUCUACCAAAUUUUAAUUCAAUAAAAAAAAAUUGAAGGCCAAACGAAAAGCCGAUUCUCCCUACUGAUAAUCGGAACGAAGGAUACAUUUUAUCGACGGAGAACGGAAAAGCGAAGUACCAGAUGCCAUGGACCGUAGGGACGACGACAUGAUGGAAACGGAGGCCACCGCCGCGGCGCCGCCACAGCAGCAAGGGUCCAAUGAUGUUGGGAAGGAGCUGAUCGCAAUGGCUCGUAAACUCAUCGAUCAAGGCAAGCCUUCUGAGGCUCUUCAAGUGGUGGUGAUGGCCAUUGGAACUAGAGGUGGUGAUUCAGCUGUGUUGCAGUCGUUGAGCCGUGCUCGUGACGUAUACAGAGCUAGAAUGCAAGAAAACACUGCAGUUGAUCAGCUGGUUUCUUUGUUCGCUGAGUGUGCAAUAGAUGAAGCCGAGCCUUCAGAAGAUGGAUCAUUACCAUGCAACCCUAGUGGUCCAUUAGUUGCAUCAGAUGCUCAUGGGACUUCUAUACUUGCUGAAACAGGCAGAAUGCAAAUUGUAUUGGACGCAUUCGCUGAUGGAAGCAGCUUUAUCUGUUUACAGUGUGGGGGUCUUGUUAGUAAGCUUCGCAAAGAAGAGCACUAUGCACACUGGUGUGGCAAUAUGUGAUGGGCUGGUACAUGGAACGUGUGUUUGCUCACUUAUGGACAUCUGUUUCCAGUGCCUGAUCAUUAGACUCGUAUAUCUUCUAUCACUUUUAUGUCUGCAUUGUUGAUAUGGGCACAACGGAACUGCAGUCAAUGUACCAUUGACAAUCAGUAGCAAGUCAAUUCUUCAAUGCCUGAUAUAUAGGAUUUUAAGGUCAUGCAUCAAUCGAAAGUGAAGCAAAUCUGUUCUCUUGGUCUAAGAGUUGCAAUACUGCACUCAUCCAGUGAUAAAGUUUCUGUUACAGAACAACAUUAGAGUUAAAAUUUGAUCGAGUGAAGAAUGAUGUAUCAAAGCAGAGUAUCAUGUCUCAUUUUGCCAAAGUUGGAUAAGUGUGGCUUUUCCUUUUUCUUAUUAAUAUACUUCUUAAUCAUGUACACACGCCUCAGUGUUGAGUCUUUGGUUUCUGAAAAUAGGCCAACUUGGUUUUUCAAUGGAACCACUAUUCCGGGA